AAUCUGCAAAAAACUCGCGACAAAAUGCCCAAAUAUCGUCUGAAAAGUUAAUUUUGAAUGUUAUGCUCGUUUGUGGUUGUUGUUGCCGUACACGUUGUUAUUGUUUUGCUGAAGGGGCGAGAAAAUGGAGCAGGAGAUCGGCACCUGGGACUCGGUGCUUCUGGAAAAUUUGUCCGAGGAUAGUUUCAUUAACAACAUACACCAGCGCUAUAAGCGGGAUCAUAUUUACACCUACAUUGGCACUUCUGUUGUGGCUUUAAAUCCAUAUCAUCACAUAUCGGAACAUUCGUUGGAUAACAUACGAAACUAUGGAAACAAGGGCAUAUUUCAGCUACCACCUCAUAUAUACGGGCUCACUAAUUUGGCUUAUCAGUCGCUUAAGGACCAGAGCGAAGAUCAGUGUGUGCUACUUACGGGAGAGAGUGGUGCAGGCAAAACCGAAACCUUCAAAAUGAUUGUGAACUUUCUCACCCAUAUUCAGGAACGUUCCUUAUGCAGCACUCCAAAUCCAUUGCGCAAACAAUCCUCAACCAGUUCUGCGUCGGGCGUCAUCAUACACGCCCACCGACGCGCCUCGAGCAGCUGCUCAGGCACGGCGAAUUUCAUAAUCUGCAAAAAUAACGCUGCAGCAAGCAAUAUACCCACGUCCAUUUCACGUCGACAAUCGCCAUCGCCAGGACCCUCGCAACGCUCACGCACUCGUGCCGAAAGCAUCGAACGUCAAGCCAAGCGCAAUAUGCGCGAAAAAAUUGUGGACUUCGAUUUCUCUCACCACAAGAGCACCGAGAACAUCACCACACUGCUCGAGGCUGCCGCCGGUCUUGCCCAUGUUCAUCCAACGAAAUCAUGCUUCAAACACCAACAGACACAAGUGAGCUCCACCUGCACUGCCAGUUAUGCUGCAACCGCUGCCAUGCCCUCAAAAUCGGCGUGCUCGACAUCCUCGCCCAAGUACAUGCUCACUGCUCAUGGCGGAUGUCGUCAGUGCGGCCACAGCAAAUGCACACGCGCGCAAAGUCUGGAAAAGGACGAACGCGAGUCGCUGCUGUUGCGUGGCAGCAACAGCCGUCUGUCCACAGCCCACCAAACGCAUCCGCAUCGGGGAAGUUGCUCGAAUCUAAUGCGCCAACAUUCGACAGAAAGCCAGCCGGAUCGACACUCACUGAUGGGCUCCACGCAACGUAUUUCGCUGUACGAUGCACACAAACUGAGCAAAGUAGUGAUGGGCGGCAGUGGGAGUGGCACAACGGUCUCACCAACUCCGUCAGCUACCUCGUCACUGCAUCGUCGACACAAGUCGCCCAGCCAGCGACUGCGGGAGUGCGUCACCUGUGCGGAUGUAUUUCUAGAGGCCAUGGGGAAUGCCUGCACCCUCAAGAAUAGCAACUCAAGUAGAUAUGGCAAACUGUUUGAUAUUGAAAUCGAUUUUAGAGGCGAUCCGAUGGGCGUGCAUAUAACACAUUAUAUGCUGGAAAAGACUCGCGUAACAGACACCACAAUGGGAGAACGCAAUUUUCACAUAUUCUAUCAAUUGCUGUUGGGUGCUGAUCUGCAACUGUUAAAAUCGUUGAAGCUGUACCGCAAUGUCGAAAAGUAUGAGCUUUUGCGUAACACAACUGCCAUGGAAGAGGACCGGGCCAAUUUUCAUUACACAAAGCGCUCAUUGGACGUACUUGGCCUAAGCUGUGAUGAAACAAGUGCAAUUUUUCGCGUCAUAGCCGUGGUACUGAAGUUGGGAAAUUUUAUAUUUGUGCCUGUGACCAAUAUCGAUGGCACUGAGGGCUGUCAGGUUUCCAAUGUUUAUGAGGUACAAGAGACAGCGCAGCUUCUCAACCUGGAAGCUCAAAUUCUUAUCAAUUGUCUGACUAGAGCGAACAGCACGAAUAGCACGCAAGAGGAUGUAGGCUGUGAAAUGGACGCGAGACAGGCGGCCAACAAUCGAAAUACACUCUGCCGUACUCUCUACAGUCGCCUCUUCACCUGGCUGGUGAAUAAAAUCAAUGAGACGCUAAAGUCAACGCAACGCGAAAAGAAUCUGGCGCUUUUAGAUUUCUACGGCUUUGAAGUAUUGGAUCAUAAUUCAUUCGAACAAUUCGCCAUUAACUACAGUGCCGAGAAAAUUCAUCAGAAUUUUGUGUGCAAUGUGCUGCGAUCUGAACAGGAGCUCUAUUUAAGAGAGGGCUUGGAAUGGUCACGCAUUGAUUAUUUUGACAACGAGUCUAUAUGCGAGCUAAUUGAUAAACCCAACUAUGGCAUACUCAGUUUAAUAAACGAGCCACAUUUAAAUACCAACGAGCAAUUGCUGCUGCGUAUUCAACAAUGUUGUGCAGGACAUCCGAAUUUUAUGACCAGCGGCAGCAAUUCCAUGUGUUUUCAGAUCCGUCAUUUUGCCAAUGCUGUAAACUAUUCGAUACAUCGAUUUCUUGAAAAGAAUUCAGAUAUAUUGCCCAAAUAUAUAAGUACGGCUUUUUAUCAAAGCAAAUUGUCGCUGGUGCAGAAUCUUUUUCCUGAAGGCAACCCGCGUCGUCAGGCGAGCAAAAAACCCACAACGCUUAGCUCGAACAUACGCACUCAGCUGCAGACUUUGCUGGCCAUUGUAAAGCAUCGUCGCGCCCACUAUGUGUUCUGCAUAAAGCCGAAUGAGUGCAAGCAGCCGCACUCAUUCGACUUGGCCCUAGUGCAGCAUCAGGUGCGGUACAUGUCCCUGAUGCCAUUGGUGCACUUGUGCCGCACCGGUCACUGUUACCAUUUGUCGCAUGCGAAGUUCUUUCAUCGGUAUAAGCUGCUAAAUAGCGUCACCUGGCCACAUUUUCGCAAUGGGAGUACGGUGGAGGGGAUUGCGCUGAUUAUACGAAAUCUGCCGCUGCCCUCGGCUGAAUUCACGAUCGGCACAAAGAAUGUGUUUGUGCGUAGUCCGCGCACCGUCUAUGAACUGGAGCAGUUUCGAUGUGCACGCAUCAACGAUCUGGCCGUGCUCAUCCAAAAAAUGUUUCGCAUGUAUAAUGCCCGCAAACGAUAUCAGCGCAUGAGGCACAGCCAAAUGGUUAUAUCGAGUGCCUGGCGGACUUGGCGGGAAUGUCGCUUUGGCAUUCCCUUCACGGGACGUAGACAUUUAUGGAGUUUAUAUCGUGUUGCUCGCGAGGAAUAUCGGUCGUUAAAAUACAAGCGUCAGGUUAAAUGGGGCAUCGAUGUCAUAGCUCGAAAUUAUCGUCAAUGGAAAAUUCGGCAAUAUUUGUUAACCAUACCGUUACGCCUACCACCCAACACCCUGAGUCCUUUAUCCACGGAAUGGCCUGCAGCGCCGGGAUUUCUUUCGGAUGCCUCGCGCCUGCUACGUGCCAUUUAUCAUCGUUGGAAGUGCUACAUCUAUAGGAACUCCUUUGACCAGACGGCACGCAACCGCAUGCGUGAAAAGGUUACAGCCAGUAUUAUAUUUAAAGAUCGUAAAGCUUCAUAUGCGCGCAGCGUCGGCCAUCCUUUUGUGGGUGAUUAUGUGCGAUUGCGUCAUAAUCAGCAAUGGAAGAAGAUCUGUGCCGAAACGAAUGAUCAGUAUGUGGUGUUUGCCGAUAUAAUAAAUAAAAUAGCACGUUCAAGUGGCAAGUUUGUGCCCAUAUUGCUGGUGUUAUCGACAUCGUCGCUGCUGCUGUUGGAUCAGCGCACACUGCAAAUAAAAUACAGAGUGCCUGCCUCAGAGAUUUAUCGCAUGUCUCUGAGUCCUUACCUUGAUGAUAUUGCGGUAUUUCAUGUGAAAGCAUCCGAAUUCGGUCGCAAGAAGGGUGAUUUUGUUUUCCAAACGGGCCAUGUCAUCGAAAUUGUUACCAAAAUGUUUCUAGUCAUACAAAACGCAACUGGCAAACCACCCGAGAUACAUAUAAGCACAGAAUUCGAGGCCAAUUUUGGUCAACAAACUGUCAUCUUCUCGUUCAAAUAUGGCGGUAUGUCCGAUUUAGCACAAGGCCCGCCCAAGGUCACACGUAAAGCGAAUCGCAUGGAAAUAAUUGUAUGAUCCUGAAAAAAGUCUCAUCACAGGACAUAGUAGUUUGCUGCCACAAAACGGAGGCGCCUCAGGCAUUUUUCAAAAUGCCUAAUCAACUAAAAGUUUAUGUAUAUGGGUCGGGCUCACAAUUUUUGACUUUGUAGAAUGGUAAAACCUAAAGCGUUUUCAAUGCAGAACACGAGAAUUUGUGACAGACUUAUAAAUGUAAGCUGAACUCGACUUGAGAAUAACUUUUGGGAAGUGCUAAUUGAACUACCAAAAUAAUAUGUUCACUUCAAAAUUCAAAUCA